AGUAGCAGUCUCAAUCAGUCUGAAAGUUUUUUACCUGUUCCUUCAACUUUAAGAACAGUAUGGUUUUAUGAAGCUGUCACUUCAACAAAUUAGGUAACAAAAAACCCUAAUUCUAGUACAUCUGUAUCACAAGAAAACCCUGAUUUUAGUACAUCUAGAUAAUCUGAUUUCAUCUUUAUGUGGGCAAGUCUAUUUCUAGAUGCACAUUUGACCAUACUAGAGUAAAGAAUAAGUGAGCCUUCACGUCAGAUGAUCUCAAGUUUCACCGACUCAGAACAUUUACUGGUUCUGCCCUUGUGGUAGAUUUUUCACCGAGCACCCAUUAUUACAAUGGUGUUAUGAGAUUACACACAGGCUCUCAGCCCUUGACAAAAGCAAAGGCAAAGGCAGAGAGAGUACCAGUAAUAAUGGCAGUGCCAAGAAUUAAGUUGGGUAGUGAGGGUUUUGAAGUAUCAGCACAGGGUUUGGGCUGUAUGAGCAUGUCUGCCUUAUAUGGCCCUCCCAAGCCUGAAGAUGAGAUGAUUUCCCUCAUACACCAUGCUGUUUCCAGAGGCAUUACUUUCCUGGACACUGCUGAUGUUUAUGGUCCUCACACUAACGAACUUCUCAUUGGAAAGGCACUGAAAGGAAUAAGAGAGAAAGUGCAGUUGGCUACCAAAUUUGGUAUCACUGUAGCAGGGGAGAAGAUAGAGGCUCGUGGAGAUCCUGCGUAUGUUCGUGCUUGCUGUGAAGGGAGUCUGAAGAGGCUUGAUGUGGAUUGCAUUGAUCUUUAUAUCCAACAUCGAAUUGAUACCAAAGUUCCCAUUGAAGUUACAAUUGGAGAAAUGAAGAAACUGGUUGAAGAAGGGAAAAUAAAGUACAUUGGACUUUCUGAGGCUUCUGCAUCAACAAUUCGAAGAGCCCAUGCUGUUCAUCCCAUUACAGCAGUUCAGAUAGAGUGGUCCCUGUGGAGUAGGGAUAUUGAGGAAGAAAUUGUUCCAACUUGCAGGGAGCUUGGCAUUGGAAUUGUGUCAUAUAGCCCUUUGGGUCGAGGUUUCCUCUCUUCUGGGGCAAAGAUUGCUGAAGGCUUGGCAAAUGAUGAUUAUAGAAAGAGUUUGCCAAGGUUUUCAGGAGAGAAUCUUGAAAGGAAUAAGAUCAUAUUUGAAAAGUUAUGUGCUAUUGCUUCAAGUAAGGGAUGCACUCCAGGACAACUUGCACUUGCUUGGCUUCAGCAUCAAGGAAGUGAUGUUGUUCCAAUUCCAGGAACAACCAAAGUUAAGAAUUUAGAAGAGAAUAUUGAUGCUCUUUUUGUGAAGCUUUCUCCAGAUGAUAUGAAAGAACUAGAAGCUAUAGUUUCUUCUGGUGCUGUUCAUGGAGAUCGAUAUAGUGGAAGUUAUCUUACAUGGAUGACAUCAGAAACACCUCCUCCAUCUUCAUGGAAAGGGACAUAAAUAGUUUUAAUAGUUUCUUUCUUUAUGACUUAUUAAAAAUAAGUUAAGUGGAUUCUAUCUUCUAAAAAAUAUUAAAUGUAUGGGAUAAGGAGGAUACAUAGAUUGCAAGAUUGGGAGUGUAAUUUGCUCAAAGACAGAAGUCAUUUGUAAUGCAUAUUUGUUAUACGGGUCAUUUAAGAUGGA